UUUUACCCAGCAAAUUUUUAGUCAAAUUUUUAUUUAACAAAUUUUUAAUAUUUUUCAUACAAAAAGUAUUAAAAAUUUGUUAAAAUAUUUUUUACAAAUUUUUUUUGGUUAUCUUUUAUAGAUUUUUAUAUUUUUUAAAAAAUGUCAUAUUUUCUGGUUAUUGUCGGUACUAAAGAUAAUCCUCUUUUUCAAACAGAAUUCGGUACUCGUAAAGCAGGUGGAGAUGGAGUAGCUCGUUUUCGUGAAGAAAUUCGACAUCGGAAUCAAUUUGUUGUUCAUGCAACAUUGGAUCUCGUUGAAGAGCUUCAAUGGGUUUCAUCUGGAAUGUAUAUGAAAUCGCUGGAUACAUUUCAUCAAGUAAUGGUUUCCGCAUUUUUAACAGCAGGAAAUAUUAAAUUUAUGUUACUUCAUGAAAUUCGUAAUGAAGAUGGUAUUCGGAAUUUUUUUCAAGAAGUUUAUGAUUUGUAUACAAAAUGUUUAAUGAAUCCAUUUUAUGAAGUAGAUAUGCCAAUUACAUCAUUUGCAUUUGAACAAAAAGUAAAAUCUAUUGCAAAAAAAUAUUUGUAAAAGUAUUAAAUGUCAAAAAUAUCAACAAAUUCCCAUAUAUCUUUUGAUGUUGAAACUGAAUAUUUAUUAAAAAGAAGAAAAAAAAAUAGUU